GUAGACUGGUACCUUGACGUGGAAAUCAGAUCGGAUCGGAGGUUCUGGUUCUGGUUCUGGUUCUCUGAUGUCGCUGCCGCUGUUGCUGCUGCUGUGGCUCCAGACACUACUACUCCUACCCGGAGUAGAAGCUACAUGGACGGCCUAUCAAGAAUAUCUGAAUGGACUUGAUUCUUCAUCAUCUUCUUCUCCGGAACAGCAGCAACGGCACGAAAUUACUUUUUCGCCGAAUUCGCCUUGGAAAUCUAUUGCUGCUGUUACUACUGCGGGCCAGAGAAAUCAAACGUGUGUGGUGGAAAGUCAUGGGGAUUUUGUGACUGAUGAUUCGGCGGCGAUUGUGGAUGCGGUGAAGAAGUGUAAUCCGGGUGGGAAAGUGGUGUUUCCUGAGGGGAAGACGUAUGUGGUGGGGAAAGCGAUGGAUUUGACGGGGUUGAGGGGGAUGGAUAUUGAUAUUCAAGGAUACAUCCAAUUUAGCAACGAUACCGAUUACUGGCAAGCCAAUGCGUACAAACAAAUCUUUCAAAACGCUACGACCUUCUUCCAGCUGGGUGGUGCAGAUGUGAAUGUCUAUGGUGGUGGCAUGCUCGAUGGAAAUGGACAAAUUUGGUACGAUCUCUACGCCAAGGACAAAUUGAUCUUGAGGCCCAUUCUAUUCGGAACUGUGGGCUUGCACUCGGGAAGCAUCUCGGACCUGCGCUUCAGAUACUCUCCGCAGUACUACAACUGGGUGGCGAAUAGUACGGACGUGGUUUUUGAUGGCAUCAAUGUCAGUGGGUACAGUCAGAGUGAGCAUGAGGCCAAAAAUACGGACGCGUGGGAUACGUAUCGAUCUUCUAAUAUCGUGAUUCAAAACUCGGUGGUCAACAAUGGCGACGACUGUGUGUCCUUCAAGCCCAACAGCACGGAAAUUCUCGUUCAGAACUUAUACUGCAACGGCUCACACGGCAUCUCUGUGGGAUCUUUGGGUCAAUAUCCGGGCGAAGUCGACAUUGUCCAGAACGUCUACGUGUACAACAUCAGCAUGUACAAUGCCUCCGACGGUGCUCGGAUCAAAGUCUGGCCUGGAACUCCUUCUGCGCUCUCCGAGGAUCUUCAGGGAGGCGGCGGAUCUGGUCUCGUGUCCAACAUCACGUACAAGGACAUGUACAUUGAGAACGUGGAUUACGCGGUGGAGAUUACACAGUGUUAUGGGCAGAAGAAUCUCACGCUGUGUCAUGAGUUUCCCAGCAAUUUGACGAUCUCUGGCAUUGACAUUAGCGGAAUUCACGGUACGACUAGUAAGAAGCGUGAUCCGCUCAGUGGGUAUGUGGUUUGCAGCUCGUCGAGUGUGUGCAGCAAUAUCAGCUUGAGUGAUAUUGACGUUGUGGCACCGAGUGGAGUGAAGAAUGCCUUCAACUGUGGGAACGUGGACGAAGCUGCCUUGGUGGGUAUUAACUGUACCAGUGCGAAGUGAUCGAGGAUUUGAAGUCAUGUUGAAGAUGGAGAGGAGGAAGAAAUAGUUACAUGUAUCAC